UUUAUAAGCCUUUCGAAUACUGUCUUUAGCCACUUUGUUAAUCUGGGUUGCUAUAGACAAUCUGUCCAGCAUUCAUUAUGAAUCAUAUCUAUGUUGCUGUCGUGAUCGCUUUUGGUGUUGUUACAGGUUGCUUUGGCCAGCCGAGCGACUGUGACAACUGUCCCCUUUUACCGGACGAAGAAGUAUGUGAGUUCGGCUGCAAGGUUCUCUCGUACUGUUCGAAUGGCACAGCAGUUACGGUGGAGUGCCCACCACACCUAGUUGUAGAUCUGCCUUCUAAAACAUGCAAGCCCUUGGAUGAAGCAGCGCCACCUUGUGGAUCGACAUUCAACUGUACCGGACGCGACGGGAGGUAUCCUGAUCUCUCGACGGACUGCCAGACAUUUUACACAUGUAUAGAUGGCAGAUUUGACUCGAGUGCAGUAUGUCCCGGAGGUUUAGUAUUUGACAUCCGCCAGCAGUUGUGCAAUUGGCCAUAUAUGGUAUGUGGACCAUGUGGUACAAGUACGUUGCCGGAACAUUGUGACCCAAUCACUGUCGCACCGGAAAUGACCACAGAGACGCCAACAACAGUGGGAGAAACAGUGACCAACGAUGGUAACUGCGUGUGUGCAAACCUACCGGAUGGAUACGUUUGUGAAAUAACAUGUAAAGAAAAGGUCGAAUGCCAACUGGGUCUUUCUAUAAGGACGAGGUGCAACGAGAACUUGGUGAUCAAUCCUGAGACAAAUGAAUGUGAUCUGAUUGCAAACGUUUGUCCUCCAUGUGGCACCAGGGAUUGUUAAACAACGGCAGCACCUUGAAACCACUAACGCAUCAAAGAGGUUUUGCUCGACCUGCUGAUAAACAAUGUUGUAUAUUUAGAACUGUUAAACUAUAGCUGCUUUA